UUCUUCAUGGAAACAGCACCGUAUAAACACACACUAGAGGGACCGGAUGAUAUGCCAGCUCAUGUCAAGACAAGCCUAAUGGGCGCCAGUUUGACAAUUCCCAUCACCGACGGUAGAUUAAAUCUUGGAACGUGGCAGGGAGUUUGGUUAUGCGAACAUAGAGAUCAUGCAAGUUCAAGAAAUAUCGUCGUUACCAUGCAAGGUGUUCGUAAAUGACUUGUUUUUUUCAGUACCUUGAUCAGUUUGAUGUAUGUGUUUGCAAAGAUUCCUUUGAAUAGAACACUGCUGGCGAUAUUCAAAUCAAUAUAUACACUGAGUAUGCUCACGAAAAUGAAAUAUAUCUUUAUUUUAUGAUAAACUGUGCUUCGACUACUUUUACGUUUUUUUGCGAGAAUGUUUUUUCUACGAAUGUUUUUUUGUACAUUUUUUGCAAGAAUGUUUUUUCUACGGGCUUAUGUUUCACAUUUACUGUGUAAACAACCGCUUUGAAUAUAUUUUUAUGUAUCUUUGCUAAUUGUACGACGUUAGGACGCUUUUGCUCCAUAAUGCGGUGUAAAAGCUUUCCUAAAGACAUUGAUAAGGUUUUAAAAUGUCACUUGACCAGUUUUUUUGAGGCGUUUAUUUACGCUACAGUCCAAUACGUACGAUUCAUUAUUCGAAAUUUACAUAUUCAUCGCGAGACUUUUAGCGCGUUGUCUUUCAGGUAUAUUUAUGUUGCUAAUUGCUUUCACCGGUUUUCUUCGUUUUUUGAGUCAUUGUCUCGUGCACUUCAUUGUCGUUCGUUGAGGAAAUCUUUCUUUUAGACGAAAGUCGAUUAUUCUGAUGGAGAUUAACCAAAUGACAGAGGGCGAACUUUGCCUGCGUUAACUCAUCACGACGAGUUUAGGUGUACACUUUUCGAAAUUAUCAAGGAAAAGUCAAACGGCAAUGUGGAUUGAUGGAAGCAAUUUUUAUGGGAAUAAUAGUCGGAUUGAUGUUCGUGACGGCUUUGCUUGGUAAUUUUCUCGUAAUGUACACCGUUUAUCGCAAUACAUUGCUACGACAGCAGUGUUCCAGCAUCUUCGUUGUCAAUCUAGCCGUUUGUGAUUUCUUAAUUGCUCUUCUCUUGAUGCCCGGUUUUUUUGGCGUCUUGAUUAAUCGUUCGUGGUUAGCUGAGUCGUUCUUUUGUCAACUCAACGGUUUUCUUAAUCAUUUGCUCGGCAUUUGUGCCAUACACGCAUUGGUUCUAAUUUCAAUUGAUCGUUUUUACGCCGUUAUGAAACCGCUGAAAUAUCGUGCGAAAAUGACGAUGCAAAAGUCGCUGUAUGCCGUGUUUUACGUCUGGAUUCAAGCUAUAAUUUUUGCUCUCGUCCCAGUCCCCCAAGGCUGGUAUCAAUUCAACGACAGUUUUUUGUGUUGUACGUUCACUCCGUCUUCCCAUCAUGCACCGAAGCAUCUCUAUAUUUAUUCGUUGUAUUUCUUUAACUUUGUGAUUCCGCUGGUCAUCAUACUUGCGGCAUAUUAUAAAAUAUUUCAUGUUGCGAAACGUCAUUCUGGACGCAUUGGACCAGCGGUCGUUCAGCUUGGAGCAAUUGGAAUCCAAGAACUUGUGGCUAUUCGGAAGGAUAUCGGUCGACAGCGCGAGGCCCGAGCGGCCCGUAAUAUAACCUUCGUUGUUGCAGCGUUUCUCUGCUGUCAUGCUCUGCUAAAACUCCCUAAUACGUUGAAGUUACUGCAGUUGCAAAAUGGUUUCACACUACAGUUACCUCUGGCUGCAACGAUCUCUGUCAAGCUGCUGAACUUCUUGAAAAGUUCUCUAGAUCCAAUUAUUUACGGUAUAUGUCAAAGAAAAUUUCGUUCUGCCUUCUCCUCCAUUCUUCCAUUGGGACUUCGUGUUAGAAUAAUGAAUAAAACCCACCUUAACCAAGAGUUCGUUAGGCGUAGAGCCAGUAACAACGCGAUGACGUCCGCUGACCGCGAGAACAGCAAGUAUUCUGAAUACAGCCAAGAUCAAACAACUAAUGAUAAUAUUUAAUCAUUUCACCAUUCAGAUAACAGAUUGGCGAUAUCCUCUAAAGUUUUUUAGCUGUUUACAUACAAUAUGUUUUGUAUAAUUAUUUAAGAGUAGCGUCCUCUAA